AUGUAUAAAUUAAGUAAUAUAAAUUCAAGGGAUAUAGAGAAUGCAAUAAAUUUCCAUGACAAUUUAUUUGAAAUGAUAGAAGAAGAAGAUGGGGAAAAACCAGACGAUAUUAGUCUGGGAACAAGUGAAUAUUUUGAUAAAAACGAUAUUCUAGAAAAAAGGAUUGAGGAGGAAAAUAAAAUCAUAGAUAUUUUUAACAAAAGCUUAGAUGUUAACGAUACAGAAUACAAUAAAAUUAUGAGUUAUAGCAAAUUAUUAUCUCAUGAUGUUGAUAAUAAUAUAGAAUCAGAAGAAAUAAAAAUCAAUGAAACCAUAGAAGAAAGAGAAAAUUUAGAAACGCCAAAAAUAUAUAUAGAAAAAAGUAGUAAUAAUAAUUCGAAUACAAAUCUUUAUAAAUAUAAUGAGCAUUAUGAAAAGAACGAAAUUAAUGAUAGCCAAAAUGACGACAUAAAAAUAAAUAGCACCAAACAUAAUCAAGAUACAAAUACGAAUCGUUACAAACUUUAUUUGUCAAAAGAAAAUCUUCCCGAAAAAUUAGAAAAAGUAAAAGUAAAAAUAAAUAAUAUAAUGAAAAAUGUAUUAAAUUCGUAUAAAGAAUCAUAUAAAAAGCAAUAUAUUUCAAGAUUAUUUCAGUUUAGAGACAUAAAUUGUAUAUUUAGUUGUAUGUUUUUUACAUUAUUAAUAAUAUUUUUUUUUAUGAAUGAGUGGAUGGGAAUUCUAUUAUCAAUAUUAUUAUUUAUGAUAUCAAUGCAAUUAAAAUAUGCUCUUUCUAAUAUGGUAUUGUUGAAUUCGAUUAUCGCAAUUAUUUUAAUAUCUAUAGCUACAUCUUUUUCAUAUGCGAAUAUUAAUAAAAAUGUGAUAGGCAAUAUUGUUGUAGGACAAAAUGAUAAUAUAAUUAUAAAUGCAAACAGAAAUUUGCUAAUGCUAGAAACAUGUCUUUGUCUUUUCUAUGCAUUAAUUUUAUUUACAUAUAUGAUUUCAUUGAGGGGUAUAACAAAAUACAGACAAAAACAUAUUUGGAUAUAUCAUAAUGUAAUCACUCUUUUUAAUUUUCUUGACGUAUGCCUUAUUUUUUCAUUUGGGGUAUUAGCAUUUUUCUUUAUAUUUAUAGCUUUAGAGAGUAAUUUACUUACAAUUUUUUCUAUAAUAUUAUUUGUAAGCAGUUUUUUAACAUAUACUUUGCGGUCAUUUAGUAAUAUUUUAAUGCUAAUUAUUCAGACGAGUUUAACAAUAACGAAUCUUAUUAUAGUAUCUACAUCUUUACCCAUAAAUCAUCCAAUAAAUAAUAAAAUAAUAGUAAAUAUGCAGGCACAAGGAACUAACAAAUUACUUAACAAUAUUUAUUUAUUUUAUAUGACAUAUUUAAUAUUUUUUUUGGCACUUAAUUUAUUAUACACAUUUUAUGUUUUCUUUUCAAAUAAAAUUUUUUUAUCUAGAUUGUUUGCUCAAAGAAAGAUAUAUUUUUCAAAUGUCUUUCCAUAUCCCACCAAAAGUUUUAAUGAAUGUGCUAAUGGCGAAAUAUAUUUUAAGCAGGAUAAAUAUAUAUUAUGUUUGGGUGAUAAUAACCAAAUAUUACACGCUUAUAAACAAAACAGUAAACCUGUAGAGAUAGACAUACGCAAAUAUAUGUAUAACGAAUUUCAUUUUUAUAAACAACUUUUAUUAAAUACAAUUAUAGACUCGAACAAUUUAACAAAUGAAGAUAUAAAUUAUGCAAUAAAACAUAAUGCUAAUGAAGGGAAUAAUAAUCACUAUUCAAAUUAUCAGAAACAAAAAAAUUUCAAAAAUAAAACAUCCAAGUACAAUAAUAAUGGAAACAGAGACGUUGUAUUAGAUGUAAUUGAUACAUCAUCUGAUAUGUCCAGUAACUCUCUAAGCAUUGCUGGUGAACCAGAAAUAAUAAAAAAUAAACAUGUAUCAAGUUGUAAUAAUAAUAAUACUAACAGUUACAAAAAUAUUAUAAAGAAAAAUUCUCGAUUAUUACUUAAAAAGGUAACAAAUAUUCAAGAUGAAAAACUAUACAAAAAUAAACGUAAGGGUAACAAAACCCUAAAUAAUUACUAUUAUCUAACAAAUUGCGAAUAUUCGAAUAGUGAUUCAAAUUCAUUGUUCUAUAGCAAAUAUUCACAUAUAAUUGGGGUAUUAGUAAAAAAUUAUGACGAUUUAAUAUAUUAUUUAAAUAAAAAGAAAAUACUUAAUAAAUUAAUUGAUUCAGAAUCAGAAAUCAACAAUACAAAUGCCAAAACAAAUGACAAAGGUUUUAAUAAUUUAGGGGAAAACAAAUCCAAUGAAUUGUCUAUGUCAAGUGAGUUGAAAAUAGAUACAAAUAUACUAAAUGAUGAAGCCAUAAGUAAUUGUAGUAAUAUAAAGAAAAACGAAACGAAAUCGAAUUCUCAAAUGAAUGAUAUGCAUAAUAUAAGUAAAUCCAUCGAUAAUAUUACUCCAUCAUAUAAAAGUGAAUUUGAUAGCAAUAAUCUAAGUAAUCAAAUUUUUAUGGGUACAUUAGAAAAAGAAAAUGAUUCAUCUUUUUAUUGGAUAAAUAAAAAAAAGAACUUUAAUAAAUCAAAUUCAAUAUUUACAAAUUGUACUAAUGAAUAUUUUAACAUACCUAUUUAUUCAGCAUCUCCCAACAUUUCUCCAGAUAAAUGUAAUAAAAUGGACGAAAACUAUUUUUGGUAUUACUAUCCUGGUAUUAUUGAUAGAGUAUAUAAUGAAUGGUUGACGUGCAAAAAUCUAGAUUGUAAGAAGUUUAACAACGAUUUUUAUCAUUUGCUUAAAAAUUCAAAUGAAAUACAAAAAUAUUUUUAUCAAAGUAAUAGUAUUGAAAAACAAGGUGACAUAAAAUUAUUUGAUAUUACACAAGUUUUAAGUAACAAUAUAAAUAUUAUAAACAAAAUUGUACAACCUUAUUCCCCCUUAAAAUCCUCAUCACUUUUAAGUGGUGAUUUAUUACCUAAUAAUAAUAAUGGCAAUUCAUUAAAUGGAAUAAUAAAUAAUUUUUUAGAGGAUAUAAAUAUCGAUGGGGAUGAUAUCUGUUAUUUUGAUAUAUCUAAUAUGCAAUUCUUUAUUGAGGAUAAUAAUAAUAAUAUAAACUUAUUUUUAUCAUCCUUAGCUCACAAUCAUAGGAUACACAAAUUAUUAAAUAACCAUAUUGCAAUAAAUUCUUCCGAUAUUUUACAAAGUCUUAUAAAAGAAAUAGAUGAAUAUACUCAAGAAAACAAAAAAAAUACUAAUAGUUAUUAUCAAUAUAAUAACAAAAUAAAUGAUAAUGCAAAAUUUUUAUUUAAUGAUUAUACUUAUAAUGAUUUAGAAAAAAAAGGGACACAUAUUUUAGACGAAAAUAAGGAAAAUUCAAUUAUAUUAAAUAAUUCAUAUGGUUAUAAAAACAAAAGUAACAAUAUAAAAAAUUAUAACAUCAAUAAUAAUAAUAAUAUAGAUGCUAUUAUAGAAAAUUGGAAAUUUAAUAAAAUUGGUGAUAUAAAUAUUUUAAAAAAUAACAAUUUUAAAUUUAAUGGUUUUAACCUGCAAGAUGCAGAUGGUACUUUAAUACAAGACAAAUACAAAAGUAAUAGUGAAAAUAUAAAUUUUAAUGAUUUAUUAAAAUAUGCGGAAACAUUAAUUAUUCAAAACACUGGAAAUGAAUUCAUGAAGGAAAGUUUUGCAGAUGCCUUAUCUAGUAAUUUAUACUAUGAAUCGGAAAUUGAACUUAUUAAUAAUUUUGAUGAAAUUUUAAGUAAUUUUAUUAAAAAUGUUCAAACUGAAAAAGUGAAUUCGCUUUCUUCUUCGAAUCUUAUGGAUAAUAAACAAAAUUAUGAAGUAGGGGCUUAUUCAAACACUAGAAAGAGUGCAUAUAAAGAAAAUAUUUCAAAUAUAAUUGACGGUUCGAAUAAUAAUGAGCAAUUUUAUCAAAGUCUAAAUAUUCAAACACUUCAAACUAACAAGAGUGAUUCUAUGACAAAAAAUAAAAAAUGUACCGAUAUAUUAGACAAUAUUAUUUCAGAAUCAAAUAUGUCAAACAAAGGAAUGUACACCACUAAAGAAUUAACUGAUGUAAAAAAAUUAAAUAUUAGAGAAAUUCUAACAUCUCCAUCAAAACUUGAUGAAUUUACUAUACCAAAGACAAAAACUAAAGAUAGCAUUGAAUGCCUUAAAAAAGAAAACAAAAAAAUUAAAGAGCUUACUGAGUUACCUUAUAACUCUUUAAAGGAGUAUAUUGAUAACGAUCCAAUUUCCGAAAAAAAACAAACCAGUAAUCAUAAUUUGUUAUUUGAAUCGUGUUUUAAUCUUUCAUCCAGCAUAAAGGAAACAAAACAUAAUAAUGAGCAUGUGUUAAGUAGUUAUGGUAAUGUGAAGGAUGAAAAAGAUAAAAAUAAAUUGAAGGAAAAAGAAGGCGAAGAAACUGAUGAAAUCAAAAAUUUAUACAAUUCUAUAAAGGAUACUAAAUUCAUGAAAAAGACAAAUAUAAACAAAAAUAAAAGUAAUGAAAGAAACCAUAGCAACUGUUACAGUAGUAGUAACCAUAAGCAUCACAAAAAAAAUGGUAAAAAAGAAAAUAAUUUUGUUGAAAACUUUUGUAUAUAUAGCAAUAAUAUAAACUAUGACUCAAAGAAAAAAACACAAGGAAAGCAUGAUGAACAUAAACAAAUAAUAAUAGAUCAAUAUGACGAUGAUAAUUAUGAAAAGGAGUAUGGAUAUAAUUCAGAAUAUAUAAAACGAAUUGAAGAAAAAAAUUAUUCAACUAAGAAUAUAUCAAAUGAUAAUAUAAGUAAUAGUAAUAACUAUAAUAUUGAUAAUUAUGAUCUUAUAAAAAAUUUAAAAAAAUAUUUAUCCUCUUCUAGCAAUAUAGGUAUAGAUGACAAUGAAUUUAAUGAUACCUUCCUAUUAGAUUAUAUUAAUAAAUAUUUAGAAAAUAAUAAUUCAUAUAAUAUAAAUAUAUAUAAUGAAGUAGUUAUCAAUAGGAAUAAUAAUAAAAGGGAAAAUGCUGAAGAAACAGAAGUAGACAAAAUAAAACAUACUUAUAAUACAUCAGAAUUCAUACACAAAUUAAAACAGAAUAAUAAUGAUAAACAAUACAUAAAAAAAAAAAAUACGUUUCUGAAAAAAAUUGACUUAUUUAGUAGUUUCAACGAAAAGAAUAAUUUGUCAAAAUAUUAUGAUACAUAUGAUGGAAGCAAAUUAUUUAAAGAAUUGGACAAAAAAAUAAAUAAGGAAAAUGCAUUUUUCUCAAAUUUAUAUAACAAUAAUUCAACAAAUUUUCUUAAUAUGAGCAUAUUGAAAAGCAAUUAUAGCAACAGUAAUAGUUGUGAUAAUAAUUUUUUAAACAAAACUGAUCUUUUAAAAAACUGGAGUUAUAAUACAAAACUUAUGAAUGUUAAUGUAAAAACUAACGAAAAAAAACAUGAUACAUCUAAUAUAUAUAAUGUUAAAAAAUUAAAUACUUUAGAAAAGAUAAAAGAGGACAUAAUGAAUUAUAUUCCAAUUAAAUUAACAAACUUAAAAAAAAACGAAAACCAUACAAAUUUAGAAAAAAAUAUAUCUAAAACAAAAAUGAAUAACCCUGUUUCAUGCAUUGGUUCGUUAAGUAAUAAAUAUGACAAUUUAUAUUCCAAUAUAAAUGAGGAAAACAAUUCUCUAUUUUUAUCCAAAGAUAAAAAAGUUUCUAAUAAUUUAUUUACCACCAAUGAGCAAGAUGAAAAUACUAUUAAAUAUAAACAAAAUAUGCAAAACAUUACUAACGGAAACGAUGAUAUAUAUCAUAGCAUAUAUGACUUAGAAAACUCAAAUAAAAAUAACAACAUUGAAAAUUCAGUCUUUGAAUUAAUAAACAAUGAAAACCAUUCACAAGAAUAUCAGAAAAAUCAAAUGAGCCAAGAAAUUAUAAAAAAACCAAAUAUAAAUCUAAUGAUAAGCAACAGUCCACAUUCUAUUCGUAAUCUUGGUCACCAAACAUCCCCAAAAAUAUCAAACAUUCUCAACGAUAGCAAAACCAUAAAUAUAGACAAAAAUGAUAUACUUGAUAAUAAAAAUAAAAUAAAAAUUUAUCAACCUAAUAAAAAUAUAUUUAAUGAUGUUUAUGGAUUUCGAAAUAAAAUAUCAGAAACAAACUCAUCAACAGAAAAUGAUUUAACCGAGUUGUUAGCUGGUAGUGAUGUGUUUUACGAAUCUUUUAAAUAUAAAAGCGAUGAAAAUAUCGAUGAUUUAAAAAAAUAUACACAUUUAGAAUUAUAUAAUAACGAAGAAAAUGAAAAAAAAAAAAUUACAUUUAAUAAUGUGAAUGAUAAUAAUAAUAAUUUUAUAAGUUAUGAAAUUAAGGACAAUUCGAAUAUUACUCAAUCGCCAGAUGCAAAAAACAAUAUAAAUAUUCAAUCAAAUAAAGAAAAAGAAAUUACAAAAGGAAAUAAAAAUACAGAAAAAUUAAAUGAUACUUCCAUACUUUCACUAAGCGGAAAAUAUUACUUAACCCAUCAAAAUAUAUAUAACGAAAAAUCAAACAGUAGAAAUAGAAGCACAUCAACUAAUUCUUUUUUUUUGAAAAAUAAUAAUUCUUUUGAAAAUAAAAAUUAUCCAGACUCAGAAAAAAAAAUUUUGCACAAUUUUUUCAAAAAUUCUAAUACGCAUAAACAUUCUAAUGAUUUUGAAAUAAAAAAUGGACAAUCUAUAAAAUUGAUUAAAGAAAAUGAUGAAACAUUAGACAAACAAAUAGAUGAAAUAUUAAACAAAUUAAAUAGCCAAAAUGAAAUUGAUAAUCAACUAAAAAAUGCAACAAAAAAAAAUACUAAUUCCAAUGAUAGCAGCAAAAGUGAUAGUAGUAGUAAGAGUGAAAAUAAUAGUAAUAAAAGUAGUACCAGCAAAAAUCAAAGUAAAAGUGAAAGUAACAGUAAUGAUAGUGCAAAUGCAUUUGGUAAUGUGAAAAAAAAAAAAACAUCUAAUAAUAAACAAAACCAAUUAAAACGUAGUGAUCAUUCAGAAAAAAAUACAUACAAAAAUAAUGAAAUGAUGAUAUCAGGUUUUUUAAAGAAAAACAGAUAUAAUUUUUCAAGUGAAGAAAAUGAAAAAGAAGAAAAAAUGAAAAUUAAAAAUAGGUAUUAUAAUAAAUGCCGUAUAAUAAAAAAUGAAAAAAAUGAUAAUAAACAUAUAAUUAAUUCAUUCAAUAAUUCAUAUUAUAUCCAACAUUUUAAUAACAUAAUUAGUACAUAUUCAUGGUGCCCUAAUAGUAUUGAUUUAGAAAAAAAUGAAUAUUCAUUAAAAAAAGACAAUAUCUAUAUGGAUACAGGUAGUACUGAAGAUAGUGAUGUAUCCGAUACAAGUAAUUUUGUUAAUGAUGUGAUACAUCAAGAUUCCAAUUCAAGCAUGUCGUCAAAUGCAUCUGAAUAUUUUGAAAAUAGAAGUUUAACAAAAUGGGAAUCACAAAAAAGUUUGAAAAAUUUACUAAAAAAUGAAAAAAAAAUAGAAAAUAAUCAAAUCAGUGAAUAUGAAGAUUCUAUUAAACAUGUCGAAAUAAAUACAAAUGAAUCUUUUAUAGAAUUAAUCAAACAAGGUAGUAUUUUUCCUAGUAUUAAAAUUAACCCAUCCACAAAUGAAAAUAAUGAGGGCAAUAAUAAACAUGUAUCAAAUGAUCAAAUUUAUAAUCAAUAUAAAAAUAAAUUAGAAAUAUUUAAUUCGGAAAAAUGUUCAAAUGCGUCUAAGCAUGCAUUAAAUAGUAGCACACUAAGUUAUAUAUCUAAAGAAAAUAAUAAACAAGACAUAUUUCUUAAUACACCACAAAAUAAUAUUAGUAAAUAUGAUAUACAGGUAUUUACGGAUGAUGGAAUUAAUGAUGAAUAUAAUAAUCAAAAAUGGGAUGAAGUGAAUAAUGAAGUUAAUCAAGAAAUAAAUAAAAAAAAUUAUAUAAAAAACAAACAUGUGAAAAAUCAGGAAUAUAAAAUUACAAAUUUAAAUGAGUUGAAGUCAGUUUCAUAUAAUUCUUCAUAUCAAAAUAGCAACAUAAAUGAUACACAAAGAAAUAAUAAAAUAAAUUCAAUUUUUUAUCAUGAUCAAAAUGAUUCAUCAUUUUAUUCUAAUAACUCGGAUGAAUUAAAAAGUUCUAAUAUUGGAAUAAAUUCAAUGGAUAUAUAUAAAUUGCCAAAAAAUCUUGUAAGUAAUAUUGAUUCGUAUAACGUAUAUAAAAAUAGCAGUUUAUCUAAUAUUCCAUUUAAUGAGUUUGAAAAAAAUGAUAUAGCUGUUCAAAACGCUAUUUCGCAAUAUCAAACUGUUAAUGUAAAUCCCACCAUUUUGUUCGAAUCAAAAUAUAUUGAAAAUGUAUUUAAUACCCAUGAAAAUACACCGAGUGAAGGUCUAAAGAAAAUUAAUUUACAAACUAAAAAGAAUUUAGCGAAACAAUUUCCAAUUAAUCAAAUUAAUAAUAACAAUAACUGUGGUAUUAUUAGUAGUAGUAGACAUAGCAGUAUUGAUAUAUAUCAAGAACCCCAAAAUACCAAAACAUAUAAUUUAAAUAACAAAUACAAAUCAGAAAAAAAAGAGAUACCAAAAACGCAAAUUCGAAAUACACAUGAAAAAAAACCCAAUUAUAUAAAAAGGGAAAAUAAUAGUGUAGUAACUGAUAUUCAAAACGAUCGCAAAAAAAUGUUUAUAGAAGAACUCAAAAAAAAGUUACUCGAAAAAAAAAAUGUAAAAUCAACUAAUAGUAUAAAAAUAAGUAAAGAAAAUAAAAAAUACAAUAAUAUAGAUGCUAAAAAAGAUACACACUAUAAUUCAAAUUUGAAAAAUUAUAAAAAAAAAAAAAAUGAAAACAUUCGAAAGAUGAACAGUGAAUCAAUUGAAAAAAAAACAAAACAUAUGUCAACAUUACAGGAUAUUGGGAAAAUUCCCUAUUCAGCAAAUAAUUUUUGCAAUAUUAUUAACAGUGAUGACGAUAUAGAUCAAAAUAUGUUCGUAAAUAUGGGUUCAAAAUAA